AAGUCCGUUCACAUUCACGCCAACAAUCACACUAAAAUGAGCGCACAGGGCAAGAGUAUCGAUUUCAGCGUUUUGGAGUUCGACACCUACAAUGACUACAUCACCUCGUUUGCCACCGUUAAGGACUACCGAUAUCUGAACAACCAGAACACGAUCAAGACCAUCGUCCAGUUGGGUUACCGCACCACCAAGAUUCCCUAUACUUCGGAUGAAUAUGUGAAGAGGGUUGACAUAGCCUUGGAGGCCAUUAGGCCAAAGACAACCCACAUUGGCCUGUUCUGCGACCUCAUGGCGCCCACAAACAAGGACCCCGUGCUUCUGGAGUUUAAGUCCCGCGAGUUGCUCAACUUGAACAAAAUUCUGUCGACAAUCGUCUUUACCUCAUACAUCAACAUCGACGGUUCAGAAAUCUCCGGCUACAUUGACCUGGAGAUGAGUUGGCGCAACUGCUUCCGCGAGACCAUGAAACACACCGACUGGCGGGGAGUCUUCGGUGGUCGCUCGCGGCUGAAGCCCAUGCCCCACCAUCUCAGCUACUCGAAUCCUCGCUACAACAUUGUCAAGUACACCGACAGUGACAACUACCACGUGAUGCACGACCACGACUACGGACUGAUGUUCAUGCACCGAGGCGACCACAAAAUGAUCUCGGUGGGCGGCCAGACCAACAUGUACUCUCGGAACGCAAAGCGCUCGAUGGUCUACUCCCCCAAGUUUGGAUAUGUCGUCUUUUACGAUCACAUUGUGCGCAAGAAGGUCUAGAAACGGGGUCGAUAAAGUCAACACCAAAAUUAUGUAUUUUGC